AUGGAUUCUUCAAAGCUCUUGGUCGCAUUCGCGCUGGUGAUUACAGUGUCCAUCUCCUAUGAUCAUUUAUCCGGAAUAGGAAUUAGCGCGAUAGUGCCGCCUCAGGAAUGUUUCAAGGACAAGCCAUGCAACUUUGCACCGGAGGAAGCCUCAAGUACACUUUGCUUCAAUCCUUGCACUGUUAAACUUGGCGACAAAGAGUGCAAAACGAUUUGUUUGAAUAAGACAUACAAAGAUGGUUCUUGUAUUGGUUUUGGAAUCACUCCUUCUUCCAAGUUGCAUAUAAACAACUAUUGA